CGACUGACCUGAGGAGUCCAUGCACUUGUUUGUUUGUUCUUUCAUCAUCGUUUUCAAAAUGAUAAAAAUCUAUGCAUUCUCUUGUAUUCUGCUCUGAGUAUUGUGGAGAUGAAGAUUCUCAACGUAACCGGAUGUGUUGGGGAAAGAGUGACAACCACCUGCUCAGACUGGGACGUUUGGACUAACGUAAAAAAUAAUGUUAAGUACUUUUGUGUGAGUCCAUGCUCGGAAGACCAUCACAUCAUCAUCAAAGCAGCACAUGGAGAAACUAAACAUGAAAACGGAAUAACGUUAUUUAACAAAGGAGAAGACCUGUUUGUGACCUUCACUAAUCUCCAAAAGUCAGACUCCAAAACCUACUUUUGUGGACUGGAGAGAGUUGGCCCUGAUAAAUAUAUAAAGGUGAAUCUAAACGUCAAAGAUGCUAAGUCCUCCAGUCCCAAGACGACUCCAAAAACAAUCAUUGUUGUUUCCUCUCACUCAUUUUCAGUUACAACCAGCUCCACGAUGUCUUCAAACAGUUCAGAUAUUAUUACUAAUAUGUCUACGCCAUACACCACCCUCAAUACAACAACACCUGCUGCAUCAGCAACACAAGGAUUUGGAAGAAGUUUACCAUAUUUGGUUAUAGGUGUCAUCGCCAUAUUAACCAUACUGAUGGUCUCACUGAAGCUCAUGAGCAAGAUGAUGAAACAGCAAACGAAAGUGACUUCAAGGGCUGAUACUCCACAAGAAGACGCACAAGAGGAUGUUGAAUACGACAAAAUAAGACCUGAAGACCAGACUGCCCAAGAAUUCCUCUGUGCUAUUUAUUCCCAACACCAAGACACUGAAUUAGCAGCUGAGAGCGAUUAUAGCUACUUAAACGAUCCUUUCAGGUUUGAGGACAAUUCAAGAGGGGCGUGUACAGAGAGCAGAGUCACAUAUGACUUGGUGUACUCUGUUGCUCAACUGCCCGAAGAGCAAAUUCAACCCAUUGGACAAUGUGAACCAAAUCCAUCUGAGAGCAACGAAAAUGACUCUCUCUACUCCCAGGCCCAGCUACCACUGGCAACCUGAAGGAGGAUACUUUCUUGAUCAUUUUUUAUGUAAAAAUGUAGAGAUAUGAUAUGAUAAUAGACAGGACAGGAAAGAGAAGGAAAGGAUACAAUUAUAUGUAUAUCCAAACACAAUAUCACUGCCCUCUAUGCUGUCACUAAGUCUGAUUACCAUUGUCUUGCUUUAUGACUCCAUUACUUUAUGGAGUUGGCAUCAUGUUAGCCAAAGGCACUCAGACAAAGAGUGCACACAGACUCAUUCUCACUGAAAUGUUGCCCAUAAAGCUCAGUGAACGAACUGAAAUCUUCCUGUGACAGUGCUGCCGAUGUAGUCUGCAGCGCAACGCAAGAAAGAAAAAAAACAAGAGAGGUUUUAUCUAAUGAAAUAUCCAAAGACACUGCAUCGUUGACCUUAAAAUAUUUUAUAUUUGCUUUCCCUGUGUACACACAACACUCACACACACACACACACACACACACACACAAAUAUCACACUCAUCACCAACAGGAAAUUGAUGCACGCUGCCAUGUAGCUGUGGUGUAUCUGCCUUUUUAGCAUGAAGAAGUACCUCAACGAUGCUGCUUCUUCUAUAUCUGGUCAAAGGAAGACUUCCUUCCUCAAAGCCACAUUAUACAGCCAUCAACUGUUUUAUUUUCACAACUCACACUGUUCCUUCAAAUACAAUACAAUCAAUUACUAUUCAAAUGUGAAGCACUGGCAGCCCACUUGUUUCUGUUUUUAAUAUCAGUUAUCCUCAGAUGUAUUUCAGUUAUUUGUGUCUAAGCCUGUAUUCUAAAUGGGUUUGCCCUAAAUGGUUGUUUUAUUAUUUCAUUAUUCAGUACUAUCACUGAAGCAGAACUGGCGCUUUGUAUAACUUGUCUACCCUUUUGUCAACUAGCAGGAUAUUUGCUUUGCUCUGUUAGUAAUCCCUUUUUUGUAAAACUUUUUGUUUUGCAUCUUUGUAUGAAGGAUGUUAUACAAAUAAAAUUCAAAGAAUUGUGAGGAUUUUUUUACAUUUGAUUAAAUUAGUCAUUACAUUAGUCAUAUGUAAUUGUUGCAAUAGUACUAAUACAUUAAUAAACAAUUUGACACAUUUAGCUGGAUGGGUCCAAAUGCAUCAAAACUAUCAAAAUCCAUCCAGCUAAUAGACUGUUGGUUUGAUGGCUGGAAAAUAUGAGAG